AUGUCUGUCACGGAUGCAUCCUUUGAGCAAUCAUGUGGUCAUAUUGGUACCACCGCCAAAGAGCAGUGGAUGCAGUUGCCAUCAGCCUUACGGCGCGAUCUGGGUAGCGAAUUUUGCCUGCCUGACCCUGGGUUCCUGUACAAUGUUUGCCUGGAUGACUUGGACCGACAUUCCCUCGUGUCCCACUAUGCAUCGGAUGCUGCCGAACUUGAAUUUUUCACAUCAAUCUUGAAGACUUUGCAGGUUCAGUCUUCUGCUGCUGCUAGCUUGUGUCGAAAGCGGCGUGCUGCAGUGCACCCUUCUUUGCAAUGGCUUGCUGUUUGUAAACAGCCGCGCAUGGUCGAAACUGUCGUGCCGCCAGUAGAUUCCUUGGAGUGGCUUUGUCAUCAUUCUGGUGCUCACAAGCGUGCUCGGAUUCGUGUGCCCAAAAAUUGCCCUAACAGCCGAGCAGAUGCUGAGUUGUCUUCUCAGCUGCGUUGGCAGCGCAAGUUGGCUACUAUUUUGAUAGAUUCUUGCGCGCCUGCUUUAUCCGGAGCGACUGGGCAGACUGGUGAGCUGCGAGCUUUGCGUUUGGCUGGCAACACCCGCAGCAGCACCUUAAAGAAGCAUAUCCAGAUGUGGCACCGAUAUAGCAAGUGGCUGCAUGCAGCCUACCAGCUGCAGUGGCCGACCACUUGUGACAUGGUACUUGACUUUCUUGAGGAACUUGCUGCUCAGCCGUGUGGCAAAACUGUUCCGGAAGCAUUUUGCGCCACGCUGCAAUUCAUGGAAAGAGUGGCUGGUAUCGCCUUGGAAUUUCGUUUAGGGAAGCAAACGGCAGUCCUGCGUACAGUUGAGCAAUUGUCCGCGCAGUUGGAAACCGGUGCGCCCCCAUCUAGGAAGGCCAGACCACAACCUUUGAUUCUAAUCCUGGCUUUGGAACUCUGGGUUAUGAACAUCAGCGAGGAAGGCAUGUGCUUCGAACGAGACUAUUUGGUGCCUUUGCCGACCAAAAAUCGCGAAUCCUGUGUCCAAUUUAUGGCUGACUAUACGGCAAUGUGUGCUUUGUCCCAAGAACUCUAUUGCUUACUGCGCCGUCCCGUUUUUCAGUGGCAGCAGUGGAGCUUGACAGAUGAGCCUCUUUUGAUCGCCCCAUCUGCUUGUCGGGCAUGGACAGAACAUAGCGAGCGUUGCUGGUUAGCCAGCGUGGCUGCUGUAUUAGACAUAGGGCGCGAGCGGCGUGAAGUUCUGGGCCGCUGGCGUGUAGCCUCCUGUUCUGAUGAAUACAUCCGGACUGCGCAACGUGUGGUCAGCCAAGUUCAGCGUGCAAUAGUUGGGGGGGUCCUCAAUGACACGGAAUGGCAGCUGCAAGAAAUUGGCAUUAAAGAUUUGGAGAUACAUUUGAGACAGGCAGGUGAGUCUGAUUCAUUGAUUUACAAUCAACUUUGUGCAUUCGACUUGAGCUUAGCGGGUUGGUGUUGCCCUGUUCGACCCAUUGCCGCGCAUGCUGCGCCCGAUUCGCAAAAGCCUAUGGAGAAUGCGUGCAAUGUAGCUGAAGUAUCCGCAGUAGCAGUAGGUGUUGAGUCAGACGAGGAUGACUCAGGCUCUUCGUCAGACAGCACAGAUGGCAGCCUAGCUGCAUCACCUGACUUGAAGUACCACUUGUCUGAGGUGAAAGUCCCUGUGGAGGUGCAAGCCGCUUUGUUCCACAAAGGCUUUGUGGAUUUGCAGCUUUUUGCCGGGCUGGAUGAAUCCCGCUUGGAAGUGCGCAAUGCUCUUGCUGUUGAAAUUGGCUUAAAGCACGACGAGUGCACCGAUGCCCGCCAAAAUGUUGCCCGGCUAUUAUCUGCAUGGGAAUCUUCUCGUGCGCAGCUGGUGGCUGAGGACAAGAUGAAGGCUGAAAGCAAGCUCGGCCAAACGCCUCGGAUUGUGCAGUGCUCCGAGAUGGCAGCUUUGCGCAAAGCGGUGGAGGCUGAUCUUGGCAAGUUACAGGACGAUGAGGUCCCUGCCAAGUCUCUGAUUGCCACCAAGUUGGAACAGAUUGAAUCUGGCGACCUACGUGCCGAAGACUUACGUGAGGUCCUUUGCGUGGAAGACACAGAUGUUGAUCUCUUUAGUGGCAUCAUUGAGCAUGGCACCGGCAAUCUCAAGAUCAAGCCGGGGAAGGCGAGCAUUGCUAUGCCAUCAACUCCAGAAGAGUUGAGGCUACGACAUCGCCGCAUUGGCAUUGCAUGGCUGAUGGUGGGGUCCAAGCACAAGAACCAAUCCUGGAUCACGCCUGCCUUGUUGGAAGCGUUUCGCCGUUUUUCUGACCAUAUUGUGGGCAGGCACAUUGCAGGUUUUCCGAUCAUGGCCCAGGGAGUGACAAGGCACCCAGCUUGGAAUUUGGUGUUAUCUUAUGAGCUAGAAGUACGCAAAAGGGCUUACAAGCAGCUGCGCGAUGGCAAGCAUUCAUCUUUGCAAGAAGCUUUGGAAGAUGCGUGGAAUUCUGCUGAGCUGAUCAACAAGCAUUUUUUGGUUCCUCUGACUGCAUCUGCUGACUUCUUCAGCACGGCCAGUCACGGUGAGGUGUUUACUGCCCAUGGCAAAGGUAGUGGCAAGCAUGGGAAAGGCAAAGGCAAGGGCAAAGACAGGCGUUUGGUCUCCAAGCAGAAAAACAUUGCUCUUUUCACCAUGCUUGCCAAAUCUGCCUUGGAGAAGGCCAUGGGAAGAAAGAUUGCCCGAGUCAUCCAAAGAGCAUGUUGCAGUCACCAGCUUGAACGGCUGCAGGGGCCCAACCGGCUGAUGGGCCCCGCCAGGAAUCAAUUUUGUCAGCCGAAAAAGUCAGUGCCGCGCUUCCCUCGCCUGCGGUGGGGCAUUCAUGUUCGGGACAGCGCGUCAGGUCUAGUGUUGAUACAGAUUUGCUUGAUGGUGAAGAAGAGUCAGCAUGGUUUCAUCAAGCAGUCGACAGUGUUGGACAAGCACACGGACGGGCGUAGACUUCUUUUUGAGUUGGCUUGCAAAAAACAUGUGGACCAGCCUUUCCCUGCAGCACUGGUGAAAGAAGCUAGGGAGGCUGUCAAAGGCAUUCUGAGAAAACAUGGUGCGCAGCUUGAUUUAGAUGCAAUUCCAGAGCGACAGCCUUUCCAUCUUGCUUUGCUUGAAGAGUUUCUGCGUCUCUGCAACGAUCCUGAUGCUUCAGCGUAUUUUUCAGGCAAGGAUUCAUUUGCUGCGGGCGUGUCUUUAGGUGUGAAUCAGAAGAUGCCGCGAACUCCAGCUGUUUUCGAGAAAAAAUGCAAAUGGCGUGCCUAUGACGGGGAAACUACAGCAGCGGAUGUUUUCCGGAACAACUAUCCUGGCGCGGCAGAAAAUGCAAAGGCGAUUGAAGCACAAUUCGUAGAAGAAGCCAAGUUAGGUGCGAUGGUGAAGAUGGAAGUUGAGGAGGCGUCAAGGAUCUAUGGUGAAAAUUUGAGGGUAGCUUCGCUUGGUGCAAUCCGGAAAGCUGAUGACAGCUUCCGUGUAGUCCAUGAUGGAACACACGGCAUAGGGGUCAAUGGUAAUAUCAAGGUGCGUGACCAGAUUGCAUGCCCAAGUGCAGGUGAUUUGCGGCAGGUGCUACAGGUGCUGGAGAAGCCGACUUUUGUGUUGACAGCAGACAUCAAGCGCGCGCACAGGCUUGUGAAGAUCAAGCCAGAAGACUGGGGGCUGCAAGCAUGUAGGACAGACGAAUCUUCCUCAUUUGUCUGGCUGAAUACUGUAGGCACUUGUGGCGUUGCGUCAGCUGCAGUACAUUGGUCGCAUCUUUUCAGUGGAAUACAGCGGGCGGUGUACUAUUUAACUGGUACUUUGAAACUGUUUCUCCUCACCUAUGUUGAUGAUUUGCUGUUCAUUACACAAGGGAAAGCUGCAACGGAUGCAAUUGUAGUUGCUCUUCUGUUUAUGGUAGUCUUGGGCGUUCCCUUCAGCUGGCAUAAGUGCAAGGGGGGCACACAGGUCGAAUGGGUAGGCUACUACGUGGAUCUGGAACAGAAGUCUGUUGGUAUUAGUGAAAAACGUGCAGAUUGGAUUUGCAACUGGGUUGAGACAACUGUGGCAGCAGGCGUGGUGAAAUUGCAUGACUUUUCUGCAGUGCUAGGUCGGCUUUCUUUUGCAAUGGCGGCAAUUGAGCACCUCAGGCCUUUUCUGGGGCCACUGUACGCAUGGUCUGCAGCCCUGGAAAACGUGGUUCAUGCUCGUUUGCCUAAAGCUGUUAUCUACAUCUUGCGUUUCAUUGAACAUAUGCUGAAACAUGGAUGGCGUACUCGCCCAGUGGGACCUCUGCAAGAAGCUCGUAGGGAAUUAUUCAGGGCAGAUGCAAAAGCCGAAGGUGAAGUGAUUUGCAUCGGUGGUUGGGCAGUUGAGGACGGUCCGGAUACAAAAUCAUGUAGAUGGUUCAGUGAAAGGUUGACGCGGUCAAAUGCACCUUGGGCUUUCUUGGCUGGGGAAUCUUUCCGAGCCAUUGCAUCACUGGAAUUGUUUGCCACCUUAGUGAGCCUGGUCCUCUUCAAGCCUGCGUGCUACAAAGGUUCAAUGAAAAUUUCAGCUGGAACUGAUAACUUGGGAAAUACACAUCUCAUCGCUCGGUUGAUGAGCACCAAAUUCCCAUUGUGCGCUAUUUUGAUGGAAGUGGCGGCAGUUCUCAUGGACGGCAAUCAUGAUCUGCAGUUGGAAUGGCUUCCUCGUCUCCAAAACCAGGAGGCAGACAAUCUCACAAAUGAGAUUUUUCACGGUUUCAGUGAGGAUCGCAGGCUGCGGUUUCAUAUGGAGGAGUAUGAAGGUUUAGUCUUACAGGCAAUGUUGAAUUUGGGCAUGGAAUUGUACGAGGACGUGCGGAAAGCACGUGACCGCAAGGUGAGCCAGACCAAGCGGGUGAAGACUGGCGAGCCUCUGCGUGUGAGAGACCCUUGGGGCUGA